CUCGCAUCGAACAAUAGCUCCCCUGCGCGCACCGUCCCUUAUUCACCACCUUUUUCUCCUGCAAAUCCGUCAGCACUCAUCCUCCAUGGUCUUGCAAACUACCCGGAUGAGUGCGACGCCUGUUGCAUCAUCAAGAUAAAUGUUUUCCACACGGUCCGCGUCGGCCGCAGGUGGCUUCGGCAGUCAGGCUCACGUCCAGGCUAACGCGUUCGGCGGCGAUGGCGCAAGCGACAGCUCUUCGAAGAAAGACAGGCGGAGGAACCAAAAUGAGACCAAGCGCGCCUUCAACCCUUUCAGCCAGAAUGCAGGCAACGCGAAGCACGGCAGGGGAGAGAAGAAGGGGGGUAAGCAGACGGCGCGGCGCGACAGACGAACUACGGACGGCAUGAACGACGACAGCGAACUCACACGGUCUUCCUCACCUGAUGGCCCCGAAUCGGACUCCCACGAUCCGUUCGCGAAGAGGAUAUUCAAGCGGCUGCACGCAGACGGUAUCAGCCCACCGCCCUGGCCGUCGAGCCCCGGCAGCGACGCCAGCAAGCCGGCAAUGACAAGGUUUCGGGAGAAGUACGAGGACUAUCGCCAGCGAGUUCGCCGUUCCUUGACCAAGGCCGGCCUGAUCGACGAUCCCAACAAACGCAAGAAGUUGAGCGAAGCCAUCAGCUUCAAGGGCAUAUGUGAAGACAUGUGCCCCGAGUACGAAAAGAUUCAGCGCAUCACAGAAUCCGACGUGGUCAAGGCAGAGAAGACUGGCGGGGUUGCGGAUCUCUCGCACAUGGUGAAGAAACUCGCGCGCUCUGCCGCCGGGCAGGAGGCGCCGCUGCCCAUGGAUGUGCGCUCGACGAGGGCCCUCGGCUUGUCGCUCGACUACAUGUUUGGCACGUUGCUUCGCGAAGACGAAAACCUACGACACCUACAUGGAUUUGUUUGGGACCGCACUCGAGCUAUCAGACGAGACUUUGCCUUCUUCUCCAGCAUGAACGAAUCCGAGCUCAAGACCCAGAUCUACGUGCUGGAGAACAUUGCUCGGUUCCACGUCACAUCGCUACAUCUCCUGCCCCAAUUCGUUUCGCCCGGUGACAGGAUUGAGGACCUCUUCUCCGAACACCAGGAGCUCGAGCAACUCGGCAAGACUCUUUUGUCUCUGAGAGAUAUAUACGACGACUGCAGGUUGCAAGACAUCAAGUGCGACAACGAAGCCGAGUUUCGCGCCUACUACCUGCUCUUCCACGGCCGCGACCCCGGAAUCGUGGAGGCCUUGCAGAUGCAGUGGGAUUCCCGCUUCUGGAACGAUUCAGAGGAAGUUAGAAUCGCCCUCUCUCUCGUGGAAGCGAUGCACAACAACCAGGACUUUGUAGGCUCCGCCAAGCACAAGGAAGACGGACCGCUCCUAGCCUGCACGAGCGCCUACACGGCCUUUUUCGACAUUGUCGAGAACGUCUCAACUUCUUACACCAUGGCCUGCUUUGCCGAGUGCCACUUUCCGCAUAUCCGUCGAGCGAUAUUGCAGGCCGUGAAGCGGGCGCUGACGAGGCCCCGGAACCCGGUCCUGGACGUCACCGCCGAGGCACUCAACGAGUUCCUUCGCUACGACACUGUCGAGCAGGCGAUUGAAUUUGCCGAGCUGCAUGGUUUCUCCUUUACACCAAACGCCGAGGACCCGACCAAUGUCAGCAAGUAUGGUCUCGAACUCAAGGAGAGGUCCCCGGUUCCGUACGUCAAGGUCGACCACCAGUUCUCCCGAAGGCUGGUCGAAAAGAAGAGGGGCAACGCGACGCUCCCGCAGAUCCUCCGCAGAACAAUAUACGACCGAGUUAGUUCCUCGGCGUACAUGCCCAACGGCGGCCGGGAGGAAAGCCUUUUCGUGCAAGACGAGCCCCAACCGGAACCUUCGCCUUCAAGCGUCGGUAUGGCAGCGUCAGGGACAGCAAUGAAGCAGCCGUCGCCUAGGACAUUUGGCGCCACGCCAGAACAGAAAGCACCAAAGACACAGGGCGGAUUCGUUUUUGAGCCAGACUCGGACUCGGAAGAUGCAGAUGCACUACGAAAGACCUCGCCCGGAGGUGGAGGCAUGGCCACGACCGCAUUCGCGGCUCCGACAAAUGGAAAACCUAGUUUUUUCAACACGAUAAUCGCCAAUGCUGCCACACAGGGCGACAAUGCGGCACAGGUCAAGCCGAAUCCCUUUACUCCCACUGGCGUCGCCGUGGAAAAUAAGGCAGAGGCCAAGCCGAACCCCUUUGCCUCUGCUUCCGUCUUUGGCAACAAGACGGAGAGCCCGGCGCCGGCGAAGCUGAAUCCUUUUGCCGGGGUUUUGCAGCCUGGGAACAACGGGUCCACGCCUGGCGCAAGUCCCUUUGGUGCUCCCAAACCGGCGUUUGGCGAAGCAGCACCUCUCCAUGCCGGCAACGGACCGGCUGUCUUUGGUGGUGUUGUAUCCAAUACUGUGCCUCCGACCAAGCCCGGCCCGUUUGCUCCAGCUUCUACAGCAUUUGGAGGCGCGCCGAAACCCUUUGGUGGCCAGCAAACUACCUCGCCGAGUUCAGCUUCAUUCACUCCAUCAACAUCGACGACCAAUGCUGCCACGCCGUUCACUGCGCCGGCGGCCACGCCCCCGUCGAUUCUCGGCGGAACAAUUGCCAAUGCCACCCAACUGCCCGCAGCCGCAGGAGCAGGCUGCAGCCCGUUUUCUCCUCUGCCUUCAUCAUCUUCGGCACCCGGCAGCACGACAUGGGGCAUCACCCCAUCGUCUUCAUCGCCUGCAUUCUUAAAUGCGAGCAAGCAACAAAUGAAUGGUCAGAGCGGAUUCUCGGCCUCCUUCACCCCGCAGGUUCGCUCCUCGGCUGAGGCUCCAUUACCAAACCUGGCUUCGCAACCCUCGGCAGCGGAUCGAGCUCAGGAUUCUUCCGCUGCUACCCUUGGGAUGCUGGGUCAGCCAACGCUGCCCGCGUUUAUGGGCAGCGCCAGCGCGGGCCUCUCCAAGGAAGCCGGCGCUUUCGCAACCAACAAUGAACCGUCACCACUGCCAAAGCCUGUGUCUGAAGCGAUGUCAGCCGAAGCGACGUCACACGCACCGCCGCUGCCCAGCGUCAAACCCGCAGAACCACCAAAGGAGCCCCCUGGUCCUCCACGGGACCUCCUCGGUGACUUCAAUGAGUGGUUUGUUUUGGGCGACAAGGGACUGCUGUCUGACUUCUUGGUUGAGUCAGUAAAAUGGAUCACCAACGACACUUUCAAGCGGUUCACGCAAGAAGCCGAGGAGAAGAAGCGGCGCGAGGAAGAGGAGCACAUCAAUGCCGAAGUCGAACGAUUUCGCACAUACAACCUGUCCUUGAAGUUCUUUUACCGGUGGAAGCGGGCUGCUCGCGAGAAGCGGUUGCGCGUGGUAGGUCGAAAGGGGAGAGACGAGAUGCGAGCUUUUCAUGCUGCCCGCCUAGCAGCUGAACGAAAGGAGCGAGAGGAUGCUCGGCGUGCAUCGGGACGACGCGGCGCGGAACAGCAGACGCCCGAGCAUUCCAAGGAGUUUCUCGAUUUGAUGAAGAGCAGGCGAGCAGCCCAGCGGGAUGCUUCGGAGUCGCUCUUGGCCAGCGGAAUACUCUCUGGCAUUGAUCAGGAGCGACGAUUGGCUCGAGCAAUCGUCGGCGACGAUCUCAGAUCGUCCAAUGGCUCGCAAUCGUCGAGGCGGCCGUCGUUCAGCUCAUCCGUCGGCCCCUCGAGAAAAGAAGGGUCCAAGACGCAAGCACUGCGACGCAUGUACUUUGAUCAACCCGAGAAGUUCAGGAGAUCCUUGCCGUCAAUGUCGUCGGAAGAGCGUGGAAGCCCCGGGGCCACAAAGCGCAUCAGCAACGCGUCUUCGCGCUGGAGGCUCAAGGCCAUGGGCAUCGUCCCCCUGGACGAUGGCACGGCUGUGCCGGAGUCUCUUGCGAGGGAGAUGGCUGCGUCCGGCUCACUUCGCUACUCCAGAUCGGUGUCGCCAUGGCGACGGCGGCGGGUGUCAGCCACGGACGCGAUCCAAGCGGAGACGCAACGCCUCCCGCCCAGGUCGCAUGGGGGCGUCGGCAGCAGCCCGGUCAACAACGCCACGCUGAACAGCAAGCGGAAACGAGACGACACAAGCACAUCGGAAGUGGAUCUCACUGAUAACGGCUCCAGCAAGCGCGUCAUGAGCGAUUCCCACAGAGCCGGCAUCGCCGCGACGGUCGAGACGUCGCCAGGGAACAAACGGAAGCGGGCAGUGGACGACGAUGCGCAGAGCCCGACGGUAGAUGGCGUCACACAAAAACGAAUACUUACCGAUGCCGAAAAGGUCACAAUGGAGCUCCAAGCCCUACGGGCGGAGAUGGAGGAGGGCACCGAGUGGUACAAGAAUCAGAUCGAGCAACUUCAAAGUGAAUCUGAGGCCAGGGGGACGCCCUGGUUUGAUGACAGCAUGUAGCCGGCGUUACGGAGGAAUGGUGGGUUGCAUUUUGCGCAGCAAUGCAUUUCGGUUUCAUAUGAGCAGUCUGUUCUGUUCCUACUGUCUUUGGUUGGCGGUUGGCGGGCUCGUCGGAUACCCAUAGAGUUGGAUGGGCGUGCUACCGCGUUUUCACGUCUGCCGCGUUGGAAGGGAGCGAGGGGUGUUUUUUGUUGAUGCCUGAACCGUUCAGUUCAGGGGCAGUCCCUUUUGCCUGAUCGGGCUUGUAUAUCCGGAGAAGGGGUCAGAUUGGCAUUGUAUCAUAAGGGGAUGGCGUCAAGAUACUGUGAUGCCUUGUGGCUUCACUGGCAAGGAACACGGGGAUCGGAAAUGGAACGACAUUUGCCACGGAUGUGGCGCGCUCUGCUUUCUUGGUAUACGACGACUGGGAUGAUGUGAUGUGUGACGACGGGCGCUUAGUAUUGACGGACAGGACAUUGAUGAGCCGAUGAGCUUGCUACUGCCCGAAUAUAACUGCAU